AUGGCGGGUUGGGGGAAAAAAGUCUCAAGCAGCAACAGCACGAGCCGAGCUUCCGGAACGGGGAUUCGGGAAAACCUUCAAGCUGAGAGGCAAAGCAUAUUUACACCGGGAAAGCGUCCGUCAAUGAGGCCGAGCAAGUUGAUGCACAACAAAAGCAGUAAAGAAGGAGGGGGAGGGGGGAAUUGGGCAGGGAAACCAGCAAGCCAGCAAAAGGAGCGGCCAGGGAUGAGGAGAGAGGAGUUGGCGGAGAGCAAGCAAUUGUACAUGAAGGAUAGGAGAAAAUCAAGCGUCCGGGUGGCAUCAGGGGCAGCAGCCCCCAAUGGCUGCAAGCAACUCUUGACUUUCGACCCCAACCGGCCAGGAUGUCACGCCAAUGAGACACCCCUCUUGCGUUCGAAUAACGUUAUGGAAGCAUCCCAAGCCCCAUUCCACAGUGCUUGCCUUCCAAGAGGGGACUUUCUGCAUGGAUCCCGGGACGCUGUCGCUGAUCCGGCACUCGCGGGUGCAUCUGGUUCAAUUCUAUUUUACGUCUACGAUCUCAAAUCACACUCCAUACCCAAUUUAUCGAUGGGGAUGUUUGAGCAGCAGGUGACUCCGACCACCAUUGCACAGACGAGCUCCGGGAGGAACUCAGUGCGGUAG